AUGAUCAUUGGCCGCGUCAUUGGCGUAAUUUUGCCAUUCGCACUCGCAAUCGCGGCUGCCAUCUUCACCCUCGUUCCCGCGCUCGCAGGCGUCACCGAUAAAUCUCUCUACCUCAUCCAACUCGACUUCGAGAAUCUGAGCAUCAGCCCUGCAAGUGAACUUGUCGACAAGAUCUUACCACGUGCCGAGACAAUCGAAAAGAAUAUUACUGCCGAACUCCUUGGGCUUGACAAGACCUACGAUAUUACGCUCUGGGGAUACUGUCAUACUGAUGGAGGCGAUAAGCGACAGUGCUCGAGUCCCGAGUUCGAUUGGGUCAGAAAGACUAUAUCAACAGACCAAAUCAAGAGUGUUGAUAAAGAUGUCGAGAUCAAACUGCCGAAAGAGGUCAAGGCUGCUAUCCAAACCUUUGGAUCGAUGACGAAAGGAGCUGAAGUUGCCUUCAUUGUGGCCUUGAUAGAGCUAGCCAUCGAGAUUGCUCUUGGUAUCUUUGCCGUUUGCUCUCGCGAACUGACAUGCUGGACAUGGAUGGCAAGUGGCCUUGCUUCUGCGUUUGUCCUCGCGUCAGCCAUUCUCUCUACUUCCAUGGCUUCCGUCUCGAUUGGCGCCGUAGAAACCACUGCGAAGCUCUAUGGAGUCAAAGGAAAAGUCAACGUCGUUUUCCUCGCCACCAUUUGGAUUGGUGCUGCACUUGCUAUUGCUGCAAACCUCCUUUGGAUUAUACCAACUCUCUGCUGCAGCAGCACCACCACCAACCGAAAGGACCCUGAAGGCAAGGGACUGCUUGAGCGUAGUCACCACUCUGGAGCUUAUGCCCCUAUUGAUGAUGAUCAUGAGCUGCAACCUACAUAUCACAAUCGUGGUCUAGAGCCAUCUCCCCGCACUGAUCUUGCCUAUGAACCAUACAGCCACCAGGUUUAA